AUGCGCUCCAGGUUCGGGGCUGGCCUGCCGGCGUUCCAGAGGCAGCAGUGGGCGAAGAUGCAGAGUUGGCGCCUGCACUUCCCGCACACAGGGAAUCAGCAGGCGUGGGCGGAUGCCAUGCCGGAGAGCGUGCGGCACGUGUGCGGGCACGUGCAGGGCCCCUUGCUCGACGCCUUGCUCCGGGCUGUGCGCCACGACGACGCAACGCUCUCAGCUGACCUGCAGGGCGGCUUCCAUGCGGUCGGGGACAUCCCGCCGUCUGGGACAUGGGCGCCUCGGGUGGAAGCAGCUCCAGUUUCGUUAGCAUCGAUCUUGGAGGCGGCCCGGCGCCGCCAGGAGGAGGGCCGCAUCAACCUUGCCAGCGAGCAUCGGGCAGAGCUGCGGCACUCCGACCACGAGCAGGUGGCAAAGGGGCGGCUGGAGAUCGUCCGCGGCCGCUCCGUACCUCACAUCAUCGACAAGCUCCGGCAGAACUUCGGGGACUUCGUUGAUCUCCUCUUCUUCGGGGUGGCGCAGGGCGACAAAAUCAGAGGAUGUCAGGGGUCUCGCGCGGGCGGCGUCGCAUCCGCGACGCGCCUCAACGAGAAAAUGCACAUGAUGGGCGUCGAUGGAGUCAUGGCGCUCGCCCGGGCGGCGGCCGCGGUGCACCUGCGAGUUCCUCUUGCAUUGGCCAAGGUACAUUGGCGGGAAAUGUUCUACCAAGCCGGCCUGAGACCGGAGCGCCGCAGGUAUUUCGUCUCAUUCGUUGUGGACGUAGAGGCGCAAGAGACCGUAGCGGUCGUGCCACAACAAUGCUCUCGGCUGCCCCGCGCAGUCGCAGUCGUUGCGAGACGCUUCUUCGGCAUCCUGUGUGACCACCACGCAGACGACGUGGUCCACUGCGCCCCGGUGCAUCUCGCAGACGCGGAGGGCACCCCGCAAGACGUGCUCAUCCUCUGGGGCGCUCCAGCUGAAAAAGCACAGCGGCAUUCAGCCGAGCUCCUUGAUGCGCGGGGGUGCUGCUCACCCGGCGCCGCGUCGAAGCUGGCGGGCCGCCCCGCGUGGACGUUCUCCCGGUCGUGGGGCAAGAGCGGCGGCAUCUUCCUGCGCGUCCUGUACGACCGGGCGCACGGGGGGAGCUCCGUGACCAGUCGCAGGUUCCGCAUGUCCAUCGACGGCCUCGAGGACAUGCUCGCGAGCCCCGAGGACGUCCUUCGACGGCCGGUGCUCCGCUCGCCGCAGGCGCGGCCGCGCUGCAUCUCAGUCGGCGACGCGAGGGGCCGUGGCGAGCCCUACGGCACCGAGGCCCUCGGGGCAAUUCUGUUCGAUUGGCGCUUCCCGCGGCCUGAAUUCUUCUCCCUGCCCGUAAGCAGGGCUUUGGAGAGGUUUCUGCCAGCCGCUCGCCGGCAGCGCAUCAACGAGGCGGAAGCCCUCUGGGCGCGGCUGGCCGCGAGGACAUGGCGCACCAGCCUGCAGGACGCUGACAUCACCGUCGUCGCCGACAGCUCGGCCGCGGAGGGCGUCCUGCGCAAGGGCAUGAGCGGCUCUGCGACGCUCUGCUGCCUCAACGCGGAGGUCUGGCGCGAGGAGAACCCCGCGGACCCGCUGAGUCGCCUCGACACAUCGGCUGCUGCCUCGCUCGGCUGGCGCCGGGUAGCCUCGCCGAGCGUGCCCGCGCAGUGGCACCUCGACCCGGCGGUCUGGGGUCGGUGA